CGAUUCAAGCCAAACUGACGGUCAUCUAAUCAUACUAAUCGAAUCAGUAGCACCUACCGCUCCCGUUGGCCAGACUAUCCGUCGCAGGCUGGAUUCUGCUCUAAUGGACUCUCCCCGGCUUGCAAGACGCCGUGAUACCAAUUAGCGUGUCCUCAUGGCUGAUGGGAUUUUUGCUAACGGCCAGAGACGAUCCCGACGGGUGACGGACUUUUGACACCUAGUCGACGAAUGUGCGCUCGCGAAGCGAUUGGCGUCCGUUGCCGAUAAAAGAUGGAGCGAUCGCGGUCGGGCUAGUCAGUCGAGUCGGUGUAGUGUUGUUGGGUGUACUACUGCCAGUUUUUAAAUUCUAAUCUCUUGUAAAUAAAAAUCUUCAAAAUGGUUGGAAUGUCGCGAACGCUGGAACUGUCGCCAAAUGCGCACAUCAACAAGUCGCUGCUCGACAAGUACAUGGCCUUGCCGAUGCCGGACGGUAAGAUUCAGGCGACGUACAUCUGGAUCGAUGGUACGGGCGAGAACGUCCGCUGCAAGGACCGUACGCUUGACUUCAUCCCUCAAUCACCGAGCGAUCUACCGAUCUGGAACUAUGACGGUAGCUCCACGUACCAGGCGGAAGGAUCCAACUCCGACGUUUAUCUGCACCCGGUCGCCAUCUACCGGGAUCCGUUCCGUCGCGGCAACAACAUCCUGGUGCUGUGCGAAACGUACCACUACGAUGGCACACCGACCGAAUCGAACAAGCGCAAGACGUGUCUGGAGGUGUGCCAGCAGACGGCGGACGAGAAGCCGUGGUUCGGUAUCGAGCAGGAGUACACGCUGCUGGACGUCGAUGGACGCCCACUCGGGUGGCCCAAGAACGGAUUCCCGGGACCGCAGGGACCGUACUACUGUGGUGUCGGUGCGGACAAGGUGUACGCGCGCGACAUUGUCGACGCACACUACCGGGCCUGUCUGUACGCGGGCGUAAAGAUUUGCGGCACGAACGCGGAGGUGAUGCCGGCCCAGUGGGAGUAUCAGGUGGGACCGUGCGAAGGCAUCCAGAUUGGGGAUGAUCUGUGGAUGUCCCGGUUUCUGCUGCACCGUGUGGCGGAAGAGUUUGGCAUCGUUGCCACACUGGACCCGAAACCGAUGCAGGGUGACUGGAACGGUGCCGGUGCACACACGAACGUUUCCACCCAGACGAUGCGCGAACCGGGUGGUCUGGCGGAGAUCGAGCGCGCCAUUGCCAAGCUGUCGAAGCACCACGAGCGUCAUAUCCGUGCGUACGAUCCGCACGGUGGAAAGGACAACGAACGUCGGCUGACCGGAAAACACGAAACCAGCUCGAUCCACGAUUUCAAUGCCGGUGUCGCUAAUCGUGGCUGCUCCAUUCGUAUUCCGCGCGGCGUUUCCGACCAAGGGUUCGGCUACUUCGAGGAUCGUCGCCCAAGCUCGAACUGCGAUCCGUACAGCGUUGCCGAAGCUAUUCUGCGCACGAUAAGCCUCAACGAAUAGCUAGCGGCUACCGUAUUCUAGUGCCGUCGGACAUUCCAUCGUUUUGGAAAGUUCUAUUUCCAGGAAUGAUAAAAACAAGAGAAAAACACACACACACACACACACACACGAUAAUUAUAACGAUGCAUUACCACACUUGAUCGUACAGCCCCCCCAUGUUUUCCUUUUCCCAUAUUCUGUUUAGUGUUUAGCGUUGCUAUGGUUACGCAAGAUGGAAUCACAUUUAACCUUUUUGGAUCACAGUUGUUUUUUUUUCUUUCUUUACCUCAGCGAGCUGUGAGAAGCUGCCGCGGUGUUGUUAACAAUUGUGAACGAAAAAAGUAGGUUGUUUGUACCUAGAAAAACGAAAUAAAAAGAUGUAAAAUAGUUAAACGUAA